CUGUCAGAUGGGCAGAGAAUGCGAAAUCCUCUCCUAAGACAGGAAAAUUCUCAAACAUUCUCCAGUUGUUUCCGCAGGCAGGUGACGCAUCAGCUGCAUAAUUAAGGCACCGGUUAGAAAGUAGGCGAUCAGCUAGGACCAUCUCGGAUUUUUUCCUGACACUUGGCUUUUGAGCAGAGGGGCCCAAACCGGGAAAAGUAGAAUGGGGGCUGGAGCAAGCGCCGAGGAGAAACACUCAAGAGGGCUGGAGAAGAAGCUGAAGGAGGAUGCCGAGAGGGAUGCAAGAACUGUUAAGCUGCUGCUGCUAGGCGCUGGAGAAUCUGGCAAAAGCACUAUCGUCAAACAGAUGAAAAUUAUCCACCAAGAUGGCUACUCACUUGAAGAAUCCAUGGAGUUCAUUGUCAUCAUCUACAGCAACACCCUGCAGUCCAUCAUGGCCAUUGUGAAGGCCAUGAGCACAUUCAAUAUGAACUAUGGCCACCCUGAUCAGCAGGAUGAUGCCAGGAAACUCAUGCACCUUGCAGACACCAUUGAGGAAGGAACCAUGCCUAAAGAGAUGUCAGACAUCAUUUUGCGCCUAUGGAAGGACUCUGGCAUUCAAGCGUGCUUUGAAAGGGCCUCAGAGUACCAACUCAAUGACUCAGCUGGAUACUACCUGAGUGACUUGGAGCGGCUGAUCCAACCAGGCUAUGUGCCCACUGAGCAGGAUGUGCUGCGAUCAAGAGUGAAGACCACUGGUAUCAUCGAGACCACAUUUGGCUUGAAAGAUCUCAAUUUCAGAAUGUUUGAUGUGGGUGGCCAGAGGUCAGAGAGGAAGAAGUGGAUUCAUUGUUUUGAAGGUGUGACCUGUAUCAUCUUCAUUGCUGCUUUGAGCGCCUACGACAUGGUGCUGGUGGAGGAUGAUGAAGUGAAUCGAAUGCACGAGAGUCUGCACUUGUUCAACAGUAUCUGCAACCACCGCUACUUCGCCACCACCUCCAUUGUACUCUUCCUCAACAAGAAAGAUGUGUUCACUGAGAAGAUCAAGAAAGCUCAUCUCAGCAUGUGCUUCCCUGAAUACGAUGGCCCCAAUACAUAUGAGGAUGCUGGUAACUACAUCAAAAUUCAGUUCUUAGACCUGAACCUGCGCCGAGACAUCAAAGAAAUCUACUCUCACAUGACCUGUGCAACAGACACAGAGAACGUGAAGUUUGUGUUUGACGCUGUAACCGACAUCAUAAUCAAAGAAAACCUGAAAGAUUGUGGUCUCUUCUAAAAGUCAUGCUGAGAAACCCAAUGAAGGGUGAUGUUGUAGCCCUGUCACAUUCCACAAAUCCUCUCUCAAUUCAAACUGAGGACUGAGGAUGAAAACUAAACCCCUGACCAUCCUCAAAACUGGCGAACGCAAAAAAUAAAAAUCAAUUUGUUGUGUUCAAAUGAAGUUGUAGCUUUGACAAGACUUCGGGUCAAGUCCAGAAGACAGCUCUUCAGUCAGAAAAUCCUGUGCAGAUUUCAGAUGAGUUGAAUUUUAGUCUAGCUACCUUUUCUCUUGAGUCUCUUGAAAUCAUCUUUUGGAGAGCUAUGCAAUCUGUAGUUAAGACAUCAAAAGCUUAUGUCAGCAUUACGUGUUUUCUUUUCACAUCCACUAAUGUGAAUAGAUGUCAGGCUAAUGCAUCUUUUCUCCAGUAACUGGUCAGUAUACAGCCAGUAAGCAAACAAGAGGGCCUCACCUACUGCACACACAAUUCAACCUGAACUUGUCACUAGAAAUGGCUUUUAUGUACAGGUCUACAGCUCACUUUGAGACCAAAUUUAAACAGAUGAGAUACUUAAUUUUUAAGUGUUAGAACAUGUAACUUUCUGAAAUAGUUAUAGUUAAAAGGACUAGUUUAAUUAAGUCUACAAUUAAACAAUUUUCUAUUUGACAGUUCAUGAAUGGUGGUGAUACCAUAUGGAUCUGUAACUGUUAAGUGGUAGAUGUAAUAUACUUCAAUUUAAAAAAUACUUGUCUAAAGGUUAACAUAAUCUCUAGGCCUGUGAGCCAACUAUCCUGUACAAAAACCAAUAAUUGCAAACCUUGCCUAAACCUAUUAAAGCUUAUAGAAAAUGGAGUACUUUCCCACUUUCACAAAUAAAAAUUAACACAGCAA